AUGAAGUUGGUUCGUUUUCUCAUGACCUUGCCUUCGGCAACAAAUCAGCCUGUUACAGUGGAGUUGAAGAACGGAAACUCUGUUAAUGGCCAGAUUCUCUCAUGUUCCCCCCUGAUGAAUUUAUCCAUGAAAAACAUCAAGCUCAUACAACCUCAUCAGGAUCCGCAGCUAAUGCAAUUCAUGAACAUCAGAGGUAACCAAAUAAGACAGAUUUUACUACCGGAUGAUCUAAACAUCGAGAGUUUGUUAUCUCGGAGUACAGUCAAGAUGAAGGGUUCUGGUGCCGGGCCUGGAAAAGUGGUGUCUGAGCGCAAGAAGCCCUUUAAGAGAGCAAAGCGUGCUUUUUAA